AUGGUGAAAAAUUCGCACGACGAAGAAACCCCUAUGCCACCCCAAUACGAGCCCCCAGUGGCACAGUCUGUGCCUGCAGACAGGCCCUCUGGAGACAAGCCCCGCGAUCGAGUGUUGAUGCUAGGAAUUGCUGCACCAUCCUUCUUGCGUUCUUUCUUCCUCCCCUUGCGAUCUUGCUCAACAAUGGCUGUGGUGCAAGCGUCUUAA